AUGUUUCGCGCUUCCACUAAUUGCGCCGACGUGGAGCGGUCGUUCUUUGCUAUCCGAUGUGACUUCUAUUCGAUUACUUACUUGCUCUCGUUCGAAUUGUUUGUUGUCGAACUCGAUCACCCACAGUUUCAUGCAACAGCCAAUAAAAAUUGUCAUUCUCGUUUUGCAGACACUAGCCGUCUCUGGAUCUUGGUUGAAAACCUAAAUCAGCGUGUAAUGCGGUUGUGGCUGCCGCUAUGUGCGCUCUUGGUCAUAGUUCUGGGAUCGGACUAUCCACGAGAUCCUUAUGCAACGCUUGGCAUUUCAAGAAGGGCCACUGCUAAAGAGAUCAAAAGAGCAUAUAAGCAGCUUGCCAAAGAAUGGCAUCCGGACAAGAACACCGCACCAGAAGCACAAGAACGAUUCGUUGCGAUAAGUCGAGCCUACGAGCUUCUUUCCGAUCCACUGAGAAAAGAACGCUACGAUAAAUUCGGAGCUGUUGACGAAACGCCACAAUCGGGACCGCAGCACCAUGGAUUUGGCGGCUUUGAACACUUCUUCGGUGGCUUUGGAGGCUACGAGGACGGAAUUUUCGGCAAACAGCGGAUCUCUCUUCGACAGUACACCCACAAUAUUUUGGAGAGAAGUCAUUACCAACCUUUCCUCCUUUAUGCUUAUUCCAACUACUGCCAGCUGUGCUUCCGUUUGCAAGCACAGUGGAAAUCAGUUUCGGAAGAUCUGGAGCCUUUAGGUUAUGGUAUUGGAGCCGUCAAUGCUAUGACUGAUGGGAAUUUACUGGAGAAAUUGCGGAUUUCACGUCUCCCUGCAAUUGUCGCCAUUGUCGAAGGAAGAGUGACACAUUACCGUGCUGAUAUGUUCUUGAUGAAUGCGAGAGAUGUGCGUAUUUUCGCACGUGACGUCAUUCCAAGAACGUUCAUGGGACUGAUCAACUCUCAUGACGGCCUCUCAAGAUUUGUCAAUCAAUGGCAGCAGAGUAAUAAGAUAUCUGUGGUUGUAUUGGGAGCUGCUCCUGAACCACGUAUGCGAUACCUUCUCGCUGCAAUGAAAUAUUCACAUUUUGCUCGAUUUGCUUACAUUCAUCUAUCAUCGUCAUCAGAUGAGGUGGCAUCGAUCCGUGAUGAUUUGUCCAUCAAGUGCACACAAUGUGAAAAUGUGCUCAUAUUCAACGAUAUUCCUGGGGGUGGGCCUGUUGCUAGGUUGUCGAUCAGUAACAUAAAUCAACUCACCAUGGAUACACUGAACACUUUGAUCGAAAACAACAAAUGGAUAAGCUUGCCAAGGCUGUCAUCAUCUGAAUAUCUUGAUGAGUUGUGUCCCGUAUCGUCAAGAAAUCCUCGACGUCUUUGUGCCAUUUUGCCGGUAAUGGAUUCGUCUGAAGAUGAAGGUUUCUUGAACAGUUUCCGGAUGUUUGUCCGUCAACACAAGGAUCUUUAUGCUCAACAGAAGGUCAUUCUCACCUACAUUUAUGCCAACAAACAGUCUGAGUGGCUAAAGCCAUUUUUGGAAAAGCGGGAAGGCGACAGCAUUACAAACGCCAGAGAUGUUUUGGUAAUUUGGCGAAUCGAACAUGUGAAAGCUCGUUUCACAUGGCUCGAAUCUGCGUGGGGUGUCGGCGCUGAACACUUUGAGGCGCUAUUGGGUGGUGUAAUAUCUCAAACGACACGAUUAGACCUGACAGCCCCAGUGGGAAAUUUGAUAAAUGAGUACGCGCCGUCGUGGUGGACGCGUAUGUGCCGCGCUCUAGUGCGUAUGGUGCAGUCCGCCUGGUUCCAUCUAACAAAAGAAGAGGCAUAUCCCGUGUUGUCAGCUGUUGCCACGUUCCUUGUCAUUCUUGUUAUUGGCUAUAGUCUUAACUACAUGAACCAGGAAUCGAGGCCCAAGAAAGAAAAGCCGCGUAACUUCGCCAGUGAUGAGUGGCAUCCAGAGGAUCCACAAGCUAAGUCUGAUCCUCCGCAAAAGCCAAAUCCUCAGGCGAGGUUGCAACGUCUUAACUACAUGAACCAGGAAUCGAGGCCCAAGAAAGAAAAGCCGCGUAACUUCGCCAGUGAUGAGUGGCAUCCAGAGGAUCCACAAGCUAAGUCUGAUCCUCCGCAAAAGCCAAAUCCUCAGGCGAGGUUGCAACGUGCCUUAUCUAUAAUGAAUCCACACAUCCAUGAACUGCGAGCAGAAAGCUAUUUCGGCAUGAUUCGUCUGCUGAAACCAGGCUGCCGAUCGCUUAUACUUCUCGUUGAUGAACAGAAUAAAGAAAAACUUCUGAUGCAGUUUGCACAAUAUAUUUUGCCUCUCAGGAACAAUAAAACGUUUUCAUUUGGCUUCUUGAUGGUGGAGAAAAAUUUGCCCUGGUUCCGGAAACUGCUGGAACAUACACUCCCUCUUGGUGAGGAAAACGCUCCAAAAGAUGGAAACUCCCUUUAUGUAAAACUAAAGUCAAUAAAUCCUCGCCAAACAGUUGGUACUGUUCUUGCUCUAUGCGGUUGGAAGCUCUACUUUUCAAUAUACCACCCCAUGCAUACAGCGGAAAAGAAGAAGCAACCGAAUCAGCAUUUCCUUGGAUUCGAUGACGACGACGAUAUCACAUCGGAUUCUGAUAGUGAUAACGGGACUGCUGAAGAUGAACUUAUGUUACGUCGUACGGGUAGUGUUGUAAGCGUGGAGAAUGUUCUGAAUGGUUUCCCGAACUGGCUGGAUAGACUUUUGGAAGGCUCAAUACGACGGUAUUACAUCCCAGAGUGGCCUGAUAAUCUUCGAUAA